ACGCCGAAACUGGCCAUAUAAAUAGAAGGAAGACCCUGCCAAUGCAACAUAUUCCUUCCAGCUGGCAUUCUGUGCACGGAAUCAACAGCCACCACACCUCAACAAAAAUGCGAACGCUCUUCAUCCUGCUGGUAGUCGUGGCUGCCGCCUCGUGCCAAAACACUGCCCUGGGCAUCAUCGACUCCCUGUCCCUCGACGAGCUCAGAGACCUCAUAGCGGAUAAGCGGAGGGUCACGUUCAACAUCAACUGCCUGCUGGCGGAACCCACACCACAGCAGUGCUUCCAGGAUCCUCUUCAGAACCCGCUGCAGAAUGCCGUGCGCGACUUCGCCAGCGACAGGGUCAUCUGCAAACACUGCUCAGGAACACAGAGAAGGAAGGUCGGCUUCAUCCUGUCCAGGCUGCAGCAAGAUUACACUGACGACUACAACAAGCUCUCCAAGAAAUUCGGCUUCGCUUAAAGAGCAGCCGUUGUCACGAAAGUGUGUUGUGAAUCUACUGAAAAAAGAAAAAUAGAAAACUAUAGAUUAUUAAAAAAAUUGAAUGCAUUUGUUAUUGAUUUAUGGAAAGAUGGUGUUUAUGUUUAAUUUUUCUUUUUUAUUAAAUUAUCAAUAAACAGUUUGAAUAAA